UUUUUUUACUACAUUAACAGUUGUUCCAUUCUAUGAAAGACCUGUUCAGAAUUUGUUCAUUUAUAUUUCAUAUAAUAAUCGGUGCAGAUUAAAUGAAAUUCUCCACUAUCAUGUUAAAAAAAAAUUAUAGCACUUGACCACUAUUGCAAUCUGUAUUCAUGCUGUUAUGGAUUUUUUUUUAAUUUCAUAAUUUAUUUUUAAUUUACUACUUAUCUCUUUUUUUUAUUUAUUUAUAUAUAUUUGAAUUAUUUGGACAUGGGGGAAAAACUAUAUUUAAAAUCCAAAGAGGGAUGGAGGGAGGAAAAUUAAAACAAGAAAGAAAUGAAAUACAUAACAUAAAUGUGAUAAAAUUAAGGAUGUUUUUAUUCAGUAAACAUUUAAAAAAAAUGUUCUACAACACUCUAGCCUAGUGACUUACCAGUAACAAAAUGGUCUGAACAUAUUCUGUACUGUUGUAGACGAGAAGUAUUCAGAUCCGCUCUGCAUAAAGCAGCUAAAUACUCUGUCUCCUGGCAGAAAGCUCCUUGGUUUGCUUGUGUCUCAAUCACAGCUGGUAUUCUGUAGAAAGACUUCUUUUCACCUUUCCUAUUAGCUUUGUUAGAACACCCUAACACAGCACAAAAGUUUACCAUUGUAGGUUUUUGAUGAUCCAAGUGCCUCGUGGGUUCAAAUACCGCGCGCUGCCGUUAUUUCCCCCUAAUCACAAGUUUGUUGGUCUUCCAAUAUGGCGCAGGGUUUGUUUACUUCCGGUUUCAGGUGACGUCAGUGAAAGGGGUCUAUACUCUAAAUUAGGUGUUCCUGUGUUUGUGUGGUACACGGAUAAUGUUAUUUAUUGACGCACACGAAAGUGCUGGGCGAUAAUACGCUUACUUAGAUUAGAUAGAACUUCAUUGAUCCCUUUGGGAGGGUUCCCUCAGGGAAAUUAAAAAGAUACAGUCCACAGCCUGGUAAAAAGCAGCCAAAGUAGAGUCCAAAGUAGCAUGGUUAAAGUCCCCAGAAUUGAUGAUAAAUGCCUGAGGGUGCUGUGUCUGCCACCUUGCUAUGACAGAGUGAAUCCCCUCACAUGCUGCGUCUGCCCUCGGAGGGAUGUAAACACAGAUGGUGAUGCUAGCGGCUCCAAGUCCGGGCAACAUAAGACUGUUUUUACGGAGAAAUGUCCCGGGUUACACCAGCGGUUGUUCACGUGGAUGAUGAGUCCCCCACCUUUGCCUUUCCCGCAUGCUUUAAUGUCUCUGUUGGCUCUCACAGCAGUGAAUCCCCGCAGGUCCACGUUAGCAUCCAGUACAAGGUGUGUUAGCCAUGUCUCCGUAAAAAUAAAUAAGCUGCUCUCCCGGUAAAUCCGCUGGUUGUUCAGUGCGGAUAGCUUGUCGACCUUAUUCGGCAGCGAGUUCACAUUCCCCAUGAUGAUGGAGGGAAUGGAUGGUUUAUAGCGCCACCGGUUGUCCGCUAGCCUAGCCUUUAGCUUAGCCCCAGCUUUGCAGCCCCUGGGUUUCCUCCUCAGCUCCGCCAGGAGGGGGUGUCGUAUCCCGGCUCGUCCCAUUGUUUUCAGGACCAGCAGCUCCUCUAUCGAAUAAGCGAGAAAACUGGCUCCUGGUUGUGUGUUAAAGUUAAAAAUAUCCAUGGGAUAUGAAGAAAAACACACUGUCUUUGUAAGAAGAGCAGAAAAGUCAAAACAUGGAAAAAAAGAGGUUUAAAGAGCUAAAAACUACAGAGCUACUGGAGAGGCAGCCAUCUCACACAGCACCCAAGGUCACAUUUUCUUUACAUUUUACUUCACAUGUAUCAAGGGAUAUCCAGCGUGUCAGGGCUUGAGAUCUUGGGACCUGUCAAACACAUUAAAUGUAUAUCAGGCCUUUAGAUUACACUAAUUUGGGCAUAUCAAAGGAGCGAAGCGACUGCGCGAAUGAGCGUAGCGAUAAAUACAUAAAACAAAAAUCUCCUUAGUAUGAGUCUCAUAAAGAACAUUGAAUAUUUGGCACAACAAGAUGAUUAUAUCAUAUCAUGGUCACGUGAUGUUUUGGUUGGCAAGAGGCUAUUUAUAAAUGGCCGAUCGGAGUUAUCGGGUCAUAAAUCAUGGUAGUGUGUUAUCGGCUGUACAUACGGAUUUGAUAAGAAUGAUCCCAAGAGCUUUUACCGUAUUCCAAAAAAACCUGAAGCUCGCUGAAAGCUUUGGAAGUGGGAACCUACUGACAAUGACCGUGUUUGCUUUCGACACUUUAUAUCUGGUAAGACACAUGACUUUUUUAUUUUUUUUGUUUUGCAGUUUAAUAUUAUGAUGCAGGCCUAGAAAUUCAUAUAUUUUUUUCACAAGCCAGCCGGACUAGUUACCUUCCAAAGUAACUAGCCAAACAGAAAAUCAACUAGCCAAAAUUUGUGCAUGUAUGAAUUUUAUUCAUAAUUACUCAUUCACUUAUUAACUUAUUUUUAUUGUGAUAACCUUUGACUAAUAUAUUAAUUAUUUUGUUUACCUUUUUCAUGGGUGUGUUCUACCCUCGGAAAACACGACAAAGAGUUUCGUAGAUGGUAGCUGUCUGGCCAGCCUCGUGUUUUUUUUUUUUAAAGUAAGUUGUCUUCAUGCCUUCCUUUGACAGGUACCGGACUAUGAAGAUGUUGUGUUUCUCCAUAGUCCUAUCUGUCGACUCGUCAAGGCCAACUCCGAUAAAGGGGCUCUUCUGGAGUUCUUUGAUGAGACUAGUAACGAGCACUUGCAAUGUAAAAAUGAAUACAAAAAUCUUAUGGGUUGUAUAUCUAAUAUACUUUUUUAUAGGAUUCUUCUAGUCAGCUGAGUUGUUCAUUGUCCACCUAUUGUCAGAAUAAACCACCUAUAAAACCUAAAAAGCCCCAAAACAAUAGGUUAGUAAUAAAUUGGAUAACAUCAAACUAACCUUAUCCAAGGAAGCAAAGUUGAAUACCGUUGGUGAUUCUUUCGUGCAGUUUCCACCCCUCCUUAGGUUGAUGUCCUGCACUCCAUGGUUUUGCUGAAAUUUUAGGAAGGAUGGAUAUUUCCUGAAAGAAGAAAAUGCAUUUUCUUCUAAGCAAUGAGCACAAAAUAAACAAUGAGCACAUACCCAUACUGAGAGCAGUGGGCAGCAAUGCUACAGCACCCAGAGAGCAAUUAGGGGUUGGGUGCCUUGCUGAAGAUGGCACCUGUGUGUUUGGCUGGCCAUCUCCCUCUGUUGAGUGUGUUGCUGUUUUUCUCAAGUCUGUUGUUUGUUAUAUGGAGUAUCUCACCGCUGCAGGUGUAUGAUCGCCUGACACUUCUUAAUAUUCAUGAGUCUUUGGAAAAACUGUUGAUCUGCAGCUCUGAUGGACAUUCAAAGAUGCCUUCACCUUUUCUGGUGUUCAUAUCUCCACAUCUACGGCAUCUUUCCUACUGGCUACCUCGCAGCAGUCGCUGCAGAAGACGGGGAAAGCGAGGAGGAGUUCUCAUUAAACUUAAAUCUUACCUGGCUUCUUCUCGUCACGAUCCCCGUCGUUUAUUAGCCGGAUCCUCCAUGGACUACAGGGGCUACGAUCUGCAGAGUUCCACGGAGUACAGGUAUCUGUGGCUCCGACCGGUUCUCCAUGAUACCGGGGUGCUGCUCCCAUGUUGUCGGCUAGUGCGGACCUGUCAGCGGGGUUGUGUGCUGGGGAAUCUUCGCUCGCUCACCUGCUCCUCUCACCAGUCUGGCUGUUGCUCAGCUCGUACUGCGCUGAUUAACACCAGAUCUCUCACAAAUAAGACAUUUAUUCUGAAUGACUUCUUUACAACACAUGAUCUGGAUUUUCUCUUGCUGACAGAGACCUGGUUGAAACCAGGUGAGAACAGUGCCUUUUCGGAGCUCCUCCCUCCUGGCUGUUCUUUUUUUCAGCACCCCGCGAGCUGCUGGUCGUGGCGACGGUCUGGCUGCGAUAUUUAAAGGACAUGGGACAUGAAACAUAAAUGCACGCUAUAUCAGUUUCUUUCCAUUAAAAAUAUGAAAUAAUUGCAUCAACAAAUACAAAAUUAUCUAUUAAAUUCAGCAAAAUCGUUAUAUUCGUGAUGAUUAUAUGGCAUUUCUGCUCGAGCGCCGAUAUGCAUAUUUUACAACCGGAAGAGCCGCUGUCACGUGAUCAUACGUCACAAAAACUUUCAGGUACAGCACAAACGGGUAGAUGAAUAUGGAGAAGUGUGAAUCGUGAUGACGAAUGCGACAAAAUAGUUUUUGUGUCUUGGAUGACAAGAAAAUUUUGUUUUUAGAGUGUUUAACGUACAUUGAACAUCAUGGUGUAUUGCGACCUCCCAGUCAGUCAGACGCGCUGUUACUCCUGUUAGCAAUGUAGCUAGGCUCAGCAUGGCCAAUGGUAUUUUUUGGGGCUGUAGUUAGAUGCGACCAAACUCUUCCACGUUUUUCCUGUUUACAUAGGUUUAUAUGACCAGUGACAUGAAACAAAGUUCAGUUACACAAAUUGAAACGUGGCGAUUUUCUAUGCUAUGGAAAGUCUGCACUAUAAUGACAGGCAUACUAACACCUUCUGCGCGCUUCGACAGCGCAUUGAUACCUUCACUCGGAGUUGUACCGUUUAUUUUUUAGACAGGGCGGACGGACCAGGGCAGUCGCCCGCCUGGCCGUGCCCGACGAGGAGCGCUCUCGGCCGGUUUGGGAGGCAGACGGCAGCCCCUCCUGGAAGUGUGGUUUUACCAUGGGCCUCAUGCAGUAAGGAUUAGUAUUAUAAUUUUGGGUGUAUCAGUUAUUGAUCAUCAUAAUUCUGACUCGUUUCGCCAUUUUGAAUGUUUUCAUCUCGGACUCUGGAAGCAUUGUAUCUCAAUCAAUCUCGAAAAAUAUCAGCAAAAAAAAAAACUAGCUUGCAACGGACUUUAGCUAGAUCUAUGAUGAACUUUCAAUGUAUGAUACAAAAAUAAUACUUCUUUCAACAGAUCAUUAGCCUUUGAGCAGAAUUGUUUUUAACUUACCAGGAUGUGUUAUCGAGCCGACCGCUUUCAGUUUCAUGGGGAUUGAAUGAACUCUCACUCUCAGAAUCAUCUGACCCGUCAGAGUAAAGACAAGAUCUAUGUUCAUGUGAAUUUCCAGCUAUCGGUUCGAAUUGAUAGGGUCUAACUUCACAUCUCUGUGAAACAUCGGGAAUGUCACUGUCGAUGGUGUCCAUUUCGGUAACCUGUUUAUAUUAGAUACCCAAGCGCUGGCUCCUUGAAAAGUUUUUGUGACGUUACGGGUCACGUGACCGCUUAGCUAAUUAACGAAUCAUUGUUUUACGCUGAUGUAUAAAAAAGUUGAAUAAUGUGAUGAUUUUCACAUUUUUGAUGCCCUGCAGUGAUUUAGAUGGCAUUUCUUAUGUCCUUUAUACAUAAUUAUACCCAGAAAAAAAUCCAUGUCCCAUGUCCUUUAAGGAGAGUUUCAGAUGCCGAAUGUUAACCGCUUAAAAUUAUUCCAGCUUUGAACUGCAGUUGUUUGUGAUCGCCCUUGCCUGCCCCGUGCUGUGUGCCACAGUCUAUCGUCCUCCCAAAUUUAAUAAGGACUUUAUUCAAGAGUUGUGAGUUUUUGUCUGAUUUUAUUGUAAAGUUUGAUAAACUAUUGAUUUGUGGGGACUUUAAUAUUCAUGUUUGUUGUGCAGCAAGUCAACUGGCUAAUGAGUUUAAAGGCCUUUUGGAUUCCUUUGGUAUCACCCAGUCUCUUAAUGCACCAACACAUGAGCAUGGGCGCACUCUCGAUCUUAUUUCUCACGGGCUUUCAGUUUCCCUCAGGGAAAUAGUGGACACUGCCAUUUCGGAUCACCUCCCCAUUGUUUUUGAUUUUGCUGCCCCACCCCCACCCCCCACCUGCCAAUAAGCCUGUUUCCCCAGCUCGUAGAUGCCGUAUCCUUACUUCGUCGACGGCUGGAGAGUUUGCUGUUGCCUUUAGGGACCCUCAGCUGCAUGCUGACAGUGGGCUGGUUCCUUCCCUUUGCCCAGAGAGUCUACUCUCCACUUUCCAUUCUACUUGUUCUGCGAUUCUGGAUUCUGUUGCCCCUUUUUGGCAAAAAAGCAUCAAAACCAAGACAGAUCCCUGGUUGAAUGACCACACCCGUCUGCUUAGGCAACAAUGUAGACAGGCUGAACGGCCGUGGAAAAAGGACAAACUGCAUGGAUUGGUUAAGGGACAGUUUCGCUGCUUACCAGAGAUCGCUGAAGGAGGCCAAGUCCAAAUAUCUGUCUUCCAUUAUAGCCAAUAGCUCUCAUCCUCCAAGACUGCUAUUUAAUACUAUAUAGAUAGUUUUCACUGAUGUCACGUCAUUCUGGGGAACGCCCCCCCAGCCGCCAUCUUGCGGGGCAAACAAAACGGACCAUCGCCACUACCGGCUACGUUAUCUCGGAUGAAUUUAUGAAGUUAUAUAGUCAGCUUUCUAAAAUAAGGCAAGGCAAGUUUAUUUAUAUAGCGAAUUUCAUGCACAGUAGCAGUUCAAUGUGCUUUACAGAAGUAAAAGCAAAACAGUAAACAAUAGAAAAUAAAAUUACAUAAAAUAAAUGGGGAAGAAAAAUAAGAAUUAAACAAUAGUAGAAAUAAAAUAAUAAAAUGAAGUAAAAAUUCAGUUUAAAAAAAAAGCAGAAUAAAAUAGAAUAAGGCGGCACGGUGGUGUAGUGGUUAGCGCUGUCGCCUCACAGCAAGAAGGUCCUGGGUUCGAGCCCCGGGGCUGGCGAGGGCCUUUCUGUGUGGAGUUUGCAUGUUCUCCCCGUGUCCGCGUGGGUUUCCUCCGGGUGCUCCGGUUUCCCCCACAGUCCAAAGACAUGCAGGUUAGGUUAACUGGUGACUCUAAAUUGACCAUAGGUGUGAAUGUGAGUGUGAAUGAUUGUCUGUGUCUAUGUGUCAGCCCUGUGAUGACCUGGCGACUUGUCCAGGGUGUACCCCGCCUUUCGCCCAUAGUCAGCUGGGAUAGGCUCCAGCUUGCCUGCGACCCUGUAGAAGGAUAAAGCGGCUAGAGAUAAUGAGAUGAGAUAAUGAGAUGAAAAUAGAAUAAAAGUUAAGUUUAAAACAUGCAGAGACUGUAAAAGUUAAAGUUUAAAACAUGUAAAGAUGACUAUUAAUCAGUUAGCAGAAAGCAUCUGAAAACAGCUUGGUCUUUAGUCUAGAUUUGAAGCUGCCAACAGCAGGAGCAUUUUUAAUGUCCUCUGGUACGCUGUUUACACAUACCCGGGUAUUUUUAAAAACGCAUAUUUUCUAAACUCCGUUUUCCAAAAUAACUUCGUGCACACAGCUGCGGUUUUUUUUUUAAUUACGUUUAUAUUGAUCCGCAUAAAUGCGCUAUCGAGCUUUUAAACUACGCCAAGACUGUCGGUGGCAGUGUUAGAAGAAUGACAGUUCCACACAAGCCAGUCAGAAGCCUCAUCGAGAACCGCCGACACGAAUGUCUUCUUGUUCCUUUCAAAGAAGAAAACAUGGCACCAGGGUCGUUUGGUUGGACUGACAGCGAAGUGGAGUUACUUCUUAAAGUUGCGCAGGACUACAAGGCUACUAAAGCACAACAAAAUAUUGAUUGGGAGUCCUGUAAAGCGAAAUACUCUAACAUUUUGUCGUUAUUUUUGGACAAGUACCCACCGGAGACCAACGAGGCUUUUCCACAUGCUAAGGGGGACAUAACACAAGCAAGUCUCGCAACAAAAAUGAAGGCUAUCAGGGGGAAGUAUAAAAACGCCAUUGACACGGGACGCAGAAGUGGCCAUGGACGAGUGGUGUUCCUCUACUUGGAACUCUGCGAGGAGAUUUGGGGUGGUUCCCCAUCCACCACAACCCUCCACAACGGCCUUGAGACACGCGAUAUGGAGGAUACCGCCGCUGCUUCCUCCGCCUGUUCCUCUGCAUCGGUGUCGUUGGAGGAGUCAGCGACAGAUGACGAGAGUCUCGACAUCACUCCCGCAGCGAAGCAGAGGAGAGACCAACUUGAGGCGACACUGAAGGGACACCGGCAUGACCGUCUAAAACGAAAGCUGCCUGCCGAGGCCCACAAUGCUGCUGAGGACAGAAAUCUCAAGAAAAAGCUUGUUGACAUCAUUGAGACUGCUGAAAACAGGGCAGCUGAGAAUAUGUCCAAAAUGGCUGAUACCCUGGAUAGGCUAACAGCCACGAUUACCUAUGGCUUUGCUUUCCUGCGACAAGUUGUGCAGCCACUACCACCUCCACCACCACCAUAUUACAGUUUCCCAUUUCAGGGAAGAGAUCCCUUUGGGCAAGCUUAUGCACACACGCCACCACCACACCCAAACUCCUAUGGGAACACACCAACCAAUGUAGUGCCACUCAGCACAGUCAAUGUCACUGAUUUGGCAGACACACAUGAUGAGGGCAGGCAGGAUGCAAUUUCUUAUGCAAGCCCUUAAUGAGAAGGAUUAGCAACAUUGUUCACUUGUUGGUUGAGCACUUAGUCUGUUUACAGUAACAUUGCAACUCGUAUCUUUAUACCAAGACUUAGGGUCUUCAUAAGGGAGCCUUAAGGGUUUUUUUGUUUGUUUCUCUCAGGUAUAUUUUGUUUGUACAGCAGUAGCCUACUGAGGUGGCACCUUACUACUUGUACUACUUUUUUCAGGUAGUGAAUGUCCUAAGUUCCUAAUUGAAUUCCUAAGUUUAUUUCAAAUACCUUUAUUAUUGAACAAUUUGCACUACAGAUGUUAUGUUUGCACUGCUGCUUUUUCAUUUUGUGCACUACUUUCUAUGGGUCUAUGACAGGCCAUAUUUUGUUUACAUUUCUCAGGUUUUUUUUUUUUUUUCGUUUGAACAGCAGUAGCCUCCUGAGGUGGUACCUUGUGUACACUACUUUUUCAUGUUGUGAAUUCCGAACUUUACUAAGUUCCUGUGUUUACUGUAUUUACUAUUUACAAAGUUCAGUUCAAAUACACAGCCUGGCCAAGAAAAGGCCACACACGCUAAUAUGUUGUUGGACGUCCUUUAGCUUUGUUUACAGCACACAUUUGGUAUUGCACAUGUUUAUUGAAACAAUGCAACACCAAAUGUGCGGCGUAAUCAAAGCCAAAUGUAGUCCCACAUCAUAUUAGUGUGUAUAACCUUUUUUUUUUUAAGUCGUGACUUUUUUUGGGGCCAUGCUGUGUACCUUCAUUAUCUAAGAAUUUGUACUACAGAUGUGUAUUUGCACUGCUGCUUUUUCAUUUUGUGAAUGUUGUGCACUACUUUAUGGGUCUGUGAUAAGCCAUUACUGAAGUCAUAUCAGUAAAAUGUUUUGGGGAAAAA